AUGAAAUCAUUCAAAGUGUGCACAGAUAUUGGUGCUUUCAAAAAGGCUACAAAGACCCCAGAACAAGCUAAAGAGGAUAUAAAGGCGACAGAAGAAGCAAAAAUGUCCGAGCAACCGAUACAAGAACCAACCAACCAACCAAGUGAAGACAUAAUUGAAAGUCGAUCUGCUCCAACAGGUGAAGAAUAUCUUCCAAAUUUGAAACCGGGUCCUGAUGGUAAGGUUGACUGGACUCCUCUAGGUGCCAUGACUGGUACUAGACCUAGUGUCAAUAAAUACAGCAUAAGUCGUUACUCUUUAAGCGAAUGGAGACAUCAUAACCAAAAUGUACUGAAUCCAGAAAUCAUCACUGAAUCAAAUAUCGUGGAAUAUAACGCCAAAACAUCGAUGAUGCAAGCGUUUGGCAACAUUGACAAACAGCAAUGUGAGAAUUUUAAAAGAUUAAGGCAAAAAGCAAAAGAUAUAUUUAGAUGGAAAGUUGAAGUUGAAAGGGCGUGUAAAGCUAUCACUGAAGAAGUCGAACUUCUCGAAAUAGAGAGGCAACGCUUAAAAGGUGCUUCUAGAGUUUUAAUGCUUCCAGAAUCUAUAUCAAAAGAAUGUUUGGACCUUCGAUCCAACAGGUAUCAACCGGACUUGGUAGCCGACUUGGCUGAGCAAGAACUGAUCAAAGAAAUGAAUUUAGUUAGUGAAGUUCGGGCAACAUUAAAAAAUACCCUUAACGAAAUUGAAGAACAAAUGGCUAUCAAUAAGGCAGCAAAACACAGGAUAGAAUAUGACUGGUGCGAUAAGACUAUGGCUUACAAUACUGAAAGUAUUAAUUUAGGCCUUAACACGAAAUCUAAAACAAUAAUGUUUCGUCCUGGUUCUACUCGUUUUGGUGAAUAUACUGCACCUUUAGAAUAUUGGGAAUUCUUUUGUAGGGAAAACGUACAAAACUGUGAAGCCGCACGACAGAAAUCUGCUGACUUACGUGGAAGCCUCAAUGCUAUUUUAGUUAACGGUGGCAGGAAACUACGGAAUCAAGCUGAUAGAACCGAUAUGGCAUUGGCGGAAACUGUUGCGAUUACUCAGGAACUUUGCACGAAAUUAGAGGAAACUUUAAGAAAUACAUUGCAAAGAAUUGCUGAUAUGGAAUUAUUGAUAGCAAAUUUACAAGAUUCAAUUAGAAAAAUGGAUGCUGCAAUGAAGCUAGCUCAAACAAGACUUGAUAAUAGAAAUAAUUGGAGACCACACGGAGAGAGUGUAAGAGAUCAACCACAUUUAGGUUUGAUUGAAGAAGUAAAGAAGAUCCAUGAAACUGUUACUUCGCUACUCGGUCAGUUGAGGAAUGCAGAGAGAGUACGAAAGGAUCUUUUGGAAAAAAGGAUUGUUUUAGAAAAGGACAUUGCAUCGAAGAGAAAGACCUUAAACAUCGAUCGCGACAGAUGUGGCAUGGUUCGCUCCCACUACCCAUCGGCUUCAGAAUUAGCGGGAUAU